AUGGUCCAAGUAACUGGCUACGGCAAGGCCGUCAAUAUGACGGAAUACUUCAAUCAAUCGUCGGAGUCGGCAGAAAGUCUCCGGCAGACCAUUCGAGAUUCGAAACACUGGGUUCGGAUUAAGACGGCGGACUGUCUUAAGGAAUAUGGGUCCUGCAAUCCGAGAACGACCUACGGCGAUGUAAUCUUCGUUGUCAACACUCGAUCACCUGAGCUGGUCGGAUGGACCAGGGCCGAGACUUUUCCCCUCCUUUCUCAAAAUCUCUCUCGAACCCUGGAUCCGUUUGCUGCUCCCUCUGCACGCAACGCGUUGUGGUACUCGACCCAAUGUCACACCUACAGACGUCUCGAGCCCAGCCCGAAGGACAAUACAAGAGAUGAGUGUACAAACACAUGUGCACGUCUCUUCGGUUUCCCGGAGAUCGCACUCGAACUUCACGCAUCACCAGGUGACAAGACCAUGAUACAUUUCAAGAGGCUCGAGGAUAUUUCUCCAAGCGAAGCCAAAUUAGAGGAUGACCUAGGAUGGAAUCAUGCGUUUGAUACCUUCAAGGUUCAGUAUUGCUUAGCUGAUCCAGCGCCUGGCCGAUCUUGCAAAGUGCAAAUAAGCAAUCUCUUGCUCCUGAUCACUCUGAUCUGCAUCUGUGGGAAGGUGGUGAUUGGUGUUGUUGUGGCAUGGAAGCUGCCAUCCGAUUCCCUAGUGACACCAGGAGACGCUCUUGAGUCUUUCAUCACAUUGCCGGAUCCGAUUACCCGGGGUCUCGUCAUUUGCGAUAUGUUUGAUAUUCAGAGUCUGGAGUACAGUCUGAGAGAGCGCUGGUCGGGUUUGUCAAUCGAGGAUCAAAUGAGUCGGACAGCUUGGCCCCAGCGAUGGCAUACCAAGACACAACGUCUCAUAAGCGUUGUGAUGCCAUCUGCGUGGAUUCUAACCUAUGUGCCGAUAAUAAUAUCUCUUGGCUUCGCCGGUGUGGCUCUCUAUGUUGUGGCUACGAACGGCUCAGACUUUGUUCCACUGCUUGCAUUGAUCAUUCUGAUGCACUGGCUCGUAUCGAAUGCAAUUUAUGUGUUUGUCACGGAGGGAGGUCAGUGGUCGCACAGCUUACACCUUCUCCUGAGACAAGAUGUUGACUCCAUUUGUGUUCAAGAUUUCUACCAAACCGACGGUCCGAUCUUAGAAAUCGGGAAUGAUGUCACCUUUUCACCAGAUGCCGUGGCUGCCAUCCGGUACUCCGCAUCAGCAAUACUCAUUGGCUUUAUCCUGUCAGUCACUGCAUGUUUUAUCCCAGUCCUGCUUGGUUUGAAGAAGCGGACGGGCGAUAUGGUCGUAGGGGGCUCGAACUCGCUUGUGCUCUCUGCAGCAUGUCAUGUUUUUACGAACAAUACAGACGAAGCACGGUCGCAGACUUCAAACGGAGGCUCUCGACCAGAAAGCUGCGAAGAUGCUCCGAACAGAUCAAAUUCCGAAGAGUUAUCUGCUGGAGAUGCUCGGCAAGCUAUUGCCAGAAGCCGGUUGCGAUGGGGUGUGAUACCUUUGCCUUCAGGACUAGCCAGCCUACUGCAGGAAGAACAGAAUGGCGUGCGUCACUUGGGUUUCGGUACAGAAGAACAAAAUGUGUCGCCACCACAGGAGGGUGAGCUUUACAUCUGA